GCUUUCUGAAACUGGUGUCCAUGGAUUUCCUUUGUACUCACCUGUUUGGGGGUUCUGUCUUCUGCUGAACAUUGGCAGAGACGGAGCAUCUUACAUUGAAUUAGCUUAUAAAGAGUCUGCAGAUUUGUCUCUCACAUUGCUUGAUGAAGGUUCUGUUCAUUCUUGUGUUAUAAACAUCUAGUUGUUCCAGAACCAAAGCAAGCAACGUGAUUUAGGAGAUGAAUGCAUUGUGUAGAAAACCCCUAAAAACAAAUAAUGACAGUUUGUCAGUGUUCAGAAAGGUCUGUACUUCCUUAUCUGGAAGUUUCUGACAAAUUUACUGUAAGAAAACACAUGUCAGUUAAGGAGAAAAUAGCACGUUAAACAGGUUCUUGCCCCACCCCUGCUCUGUUACACAAGAACUAAAGCAGGAAGCAGUUUGUGAUUGUUGGUCCCUGCAGAGAGACUCCAAGACGAUCAGUCUCACCCUCAGACCAAACUAGUAGCUUCUUCUGAGUGAGUCCAGUUGCAGAAGAGAAAAGUGGAAACGUCUAACAUUGCUGCUCCAAGCUACUCACACCCUACAGCUUCACUCAGAGACUAAAUGGCUUCCAGAUCAGAGGAGGAUCUCUGCUGUCCGGUCUGUCAGGACGUCUUUAAGAAUCCGGUUGUUCUGUCAUGUAGCCACAGCUUCUGUAAGGAGUGUCUGAAGAACUGGUGGAGAGAGAGAUCAGCACAAGAGUGUCCGGUUUGUAAGAGAAAAUCUUCAAAGUUUGAUCCACCAAUAAGUACGGUUCCGAGCAACCUAUGUGAGACGUUUAUAGACCAGAGAGCUUCAGAGGAUCUCUGCAGUCUGCACUCUGAGAAACUCAAACUCUUCUGUCUGGACCAUCAGCAGCCAGUGUGUCUCGUCUGCAGAGAUUCAGAGAAACACAACAAGCACAGCUUCAGACCCAUCGAUGAAGCUGCUCCGCAAUACAAGAAGGAACUUCAGGAAACUCUGGAAACUUUAAAGAAGAACCUGGAGCUUAGGGAAAAAGUUCUAGAGGAGUUUGAUCAGACAGCAGAACACAUGAAGGUCCAGGCCCGACACACAGAGAGGCUGAUUAAGGAGCAGUUUAAGAAGCUUCAUCAGUUUCUAGCAGAGGAAGAGGAGGCCAGGCUGGCUGCACUGAGGGAGGAAGAGGAGCAGAAGAGUGGGAUGAUGAAGGAGAAGAUGGAGGCUCUGAGCAGAGAGAUAGCAGCUCUUUCAGACACAGUCAGAGCCACAGAGGAGGAGCUGAGAGCUGAAGACGUCUUAUUCCUGCACAACUACAAGGCUGCAGUGGAAAGAGUCCAGCGCUGCCCCCUGCUGGAGGAUCCACAGCUGCCCUCAGGAGCUCUGAUAGACCAGGCCAAACAUCUGGGCAACCUGGCCUUCAACAUAUGGAGCAACAUGAAGGACGUGGUCUCCUACACUCCUCUCAUCCUGGACCCAAACACCGCUAAUCCACGACUCAACCUGUCUGAAGAUCUGACCAGUUUGAUGUUAGGAGAAGAACAGCAGCUUCCUGAUAAUCCAGAGAGGUUUGGGUCAUGGUGUUGUGUCCUGAGUUCUGAGGGCUUCAACUCAGGGAACCACAUUUGGGACAUUGAUGUUGGAGACAGUAAAUACUGGAUGCUUGGCGUGUUAGAAGAGUCUGUCCAGAGGAAGGGAAACAUAGAUUCUGGAUGGUUGGUUCUCUGGUUCUCUGGAGGUAAAUACUCAGCACUGUCUCCUCCAGCUCCUCUCAUGGAUCUCUCACUCCAGAAGAAGCUGCAGAGGAUCAGAGUGAAUCUGGACUGGGACAAUGGAAAGCUGUCCUUCUCUGAUCUGGAGACUGACACAUACAUACACACCUUCACACACACCUUCACUAACAAGAUGUUUCCAUAUUUCAACAUUGUGGGUAAAGGAAGCAUCUUACCCAUGAUCAUCACAAUGAAAAAACAGUAGUUCUGAUGUUCUCAACACGAAGAACCCAAAGUAUCAAUGAAAUCUUGUUGAUCCGAUUGAAACUCAGCAAUUUUAAACAGUAAACUGGAGAUGGUAUUGGAUACUAAUUAUUGACUCUGAAAUUGCAUGUUGGACUUGUUGAUAAAUUGAUAUCAGUCUUUAAGGGUUACAGAACAUCUACUCCCGUCAUCCUCAACACUGGGUUCCUACGGGGCUGAACCUUCAGCCUACUGUGACAGUACCCUCACGGUGAAGUCUGCAGAGGUUGUAGCAGCAGCGGUGGAGCUCAUCACCAGCAGGAACCAGUGACCAGACUGAGCAUUGUAAGGAGAAAAAGCUGAUCCUCAACAUCUUUAGCACAGUGAUGGACAUGGUCACCAGGUUCACACACCUUGGGGUUCACAUCUCCAAUACUCUACCUGGUGUGAAAAACACCUUGAGUGUUAUCAGGAAUGAAAACCAAAAUCUGAGGAGACUGACACGGGUGGGGCUAAACUGCAACAUUAGGAACCACUUUUACAGGUGAGUGGUGAAGCGCACCACUCACUGGAUGCAACUUACUAGCUCUCUGGAACAUCUAGCAGAGCCGAUGCAGGGAUGGAGCGACUUACAUGAUGAAAGACCCCCAUCAUGGAACACAGACUGUCCCCCAUCUCCUCAGGGCGGUGGCUCCUCAGCAUCUUGGCCAGAACCGGAUGUGAAACAACUUCUCACAUACCGUGAGACUGUUGUUUGUGAGAGACUUAUUGCAGUGUUUCCAUGUGUAAUACUGGCGUAAUUCUAUUUAAAUAACAUUUCAGUGGUUAGCAUGUAUUUCAUUCAUGGGAGACAUGUUCAAUUCUUCACUCCUUCCUGUCUCUCAAGGUGGAAAUGACAACAAAAUGUCUGUCUAAAAAGCAAGGAUCAGUAUUAUUUCUACUGUUGGCAAGUCUGGUUUCGUCUCCUUAAAUCAAAGAAGUGGUAUAGACAAUGGAUGGAUGGAUAAUCCUGACCAGGGGUGCCAUUGACCAGUGCUGGAGAUCUACUGAGUUGUCACUUCUAGAUGCAUCCCUGUUCCAACGCACCUGAGUUCCUUCAUCAGCUUCCAGCCAUUCAUCUCUACAGACGUCUGUUAACACCGCAUUCGUCUGAUUUAGGUGUUGAAGAAGGGUUGCACCUAGAAGUUGAACAAUAGCAGCGUCCUGAUCUGAAGGUCUCAGAGUUUUUAUUUGAACUUUGGUUCAUAUGAGUCAUUAAGAGAGAGGCUCACAAACCUUAUUCCCCAGUAAAUAUUCCUAGGUGACAAUAUCCAUUAGGUUGAGGUUGUAAGAGAUUAGUUCUGGAAGUACGUGACCCUGUAGAGCCUGGACAUGAGGGCCGGGCUCUACAGAAUCUGGACCUGGAUGUAAAUGUCUAGGAUUUCUGUUGGCGCUGCCAGAAUUUUUUCGUUGUGGUAGCUUAGCAGUUGCUAUAUGACAGACAGGAGUGGCUGGCCGAACGAGAAACUUCUCCAUUUUCAAACUCACCGUUAUUCUUCAAGUUGACCACUUUACAGAUUUACCUUAACCUCCCUUACAUGAUAUCGCGAGAUCUGUUUAUGGUAAAAAGAAUAUAAGGACUGCUCAACACAGUCAUUAAUUAAGUUAAUGACUGUGUUGAGCAAUGUUUUCUAUUUGAAAUUAAAAUUAACCCAUUAUUAAAUUACUACUAUUUUUGGUUUCCAUAACAAAAUCUUGGAGUUGCUUAGCAACCAGGCCAAAUCUUGGUGUUGCUAUAGCAACUCCAAGCUACUCCCUGGCCCCGCCAUGUUGAUUUCCUUCCCUGUGGGGAAUAUGACUCCUCCAGCACACAAAGGAAGCUCUAAAACAAAGUGGCGCUCAUUUGUGACUGCAGCACAUUGUGGAUUUACCUCACCGAGCCACUAGAUGGCGCUUAUGCGCUCUUGUGGAUCAGGUUGAGCGUUCUGCUCAAGUCCUACUGGCGCGAAAUUGAAACAAAAUGGCGCGAAUUCUAUGUGUGUUGUCAUUGAUCCACAGAUCCCGUAAAAACAGCCUCUAAACUAACGAGUUAGAGCUCACAGGUGAACGACUGAGACGUUAUCUGUGUUUUAGGGUGACUGACGGAAAUGUGGUGUUUUGGUGUGUAGUUAAUUGUGUCUGCUGACUGAGCUUUGUUAAAUCAGCCAACAUUGCUUGCUCCCUGUAGUAAAAAAAGGUACUAAAUGUAAUUCUGCGAUCUGAUCUGUGUAAAUAUAGUUUCAUGAUGCUAAAAGGCGUUGUUUCCAAUGUCUAGAAAUGAGUUAAUCAUAAUCUCUCCUAAAGAGUUGUGUUUUUAUAUUAUUGUUCAACAGUUGCCUUAUUCAUUCCAGAAAAGGUAAAAAAAAUAAAGCAACUGGACUUGUUUUUCGUAGUUGAAGACGUUUCGCUUC